AUCGCUUUGAAGGAGUCUAGCCUUACAGUCGAGGGCUGGUAGAUUAAUCGACAGCAGAAAAAGGAGUACCGCACAUCUCCUUACGUUAUACUGUGUCAGUUGCAGUCGUCUGUGGUUGACUUGUCUGCUGCAUUGUUAAGCCUUUUGGGACCCUGCAUAGAUAAACAACCCCCACCAACUCCCUCCUCUCCACCCCUCCUCCGCACUCGCCAGUCAGACCCUACCAAACGUCGACAUGUCAGAAAUCUACCGUGCCAGCACCACCGCACCCGUGAAUAUCGCCGUCAUCAAGUACUGGGGCAAGCGCGACCCAAAGCUCAACCUCCCCACCAACUCGUCCCUCAGCGUCACCCUCUCGCAGAACGACCUGCGCACCCACACGACCGCCUCGUGCUCCGCCUCGUACCCCGCUGAGGACUCGCUGCUCCUCAAUGGCAAGCUCCAGGACGUGUCUGGCGCCCGCACACAAGCCUGUUUUCGCGAGCUGAGAGCUCUGAGAAAGGAGGUCGAAGCCAAGGACUCGAGCGCACCCAAGCUCUCAGUGCUACCGCUGAAGAUCGUGUCCGAGAACAACUUCCCCACUGCUGCUGGCCUGGCUAGCAGUGCUGCCGGUUUCGCUGCCCUUGUGCGCGCAAUUGCGAAUCUCUACGAACUGCCCGCCGACCCCACAGAGCUCUCGCGCAUCGCCCGUCAGGGUUCUGGAUCGGCAUGCAGGAGUCUGUUCGGUGGAUACGUCGGCUGGGAGCAGGGCUCUGAGGCUGAUGGCUCGGAUAGCAAGGCAUUCGAGGUCGCUCCCGCCAGCCACUGGCCGAACAUGCGUGCCGUUAUCCUGGUCGUGAGUGCGGCGAAGAAGGACGUCUCGAGUACGUCCGGCAUGCAGACCACUGUUGCCACAUCUUCACUGUUUGCCUCAAGAGCGAGCGAGACUGUGCCCAGGCGCAUGAAGGAGAUGCAGGACGCCAUCAAGAACAAGGACUUCGAGACUUUCGCCAAGGUCACUAUGAUGGACAGCAACUCGUUCCACGCGACCUGCCUGGACACAUACCCGCCCAUCUUCUAUCUUAACGAUGUCUCUAGAGCGGCGAUUAAGAUGGUCGAGCAGAUUAACAACACUGCUGGCAAGAUCAUUGCUGCGUACACUUUCGACGCGGGGCCAAACGCUGUCAUCUACUACCUGGAGGAGAAUGAGAAGGCUGUUGCAGGUGUCUUCAAGACCCUUUUGGCCAACAAGGACGGCUGGAGCGGCGAGCGCGGUGCUGCUGUCGAGGGCAACUACGAAGCCGCUGAGAAGGCCAGCACUGAUGCCGAGGUCGCGGUCGGUCUGCUCAAGGAAGGCGUCAGCAGGGUCAUCCUGACAGGUGUUGGCGAAGGCCCAGUAAAGACCGAAGAAGCCCUGAUCAACGAAAAGGGCGAACCGAUCUCUGUGUUGUACUAAGCGUUGCACAAAGUAGGCAUAUAUACCCUGGUAAUCGUACAUCUGAAGAACGGAAGGUUGAGAACGUAAUGCGCUGCUUACGUGCAGCCCACCAUAGGCCAAUCGUCCUUGGUGUGAUAUUAGACUCGUCGUACAGUAUGAUACAGCGUGAUGUGUCGAGAUCGGUACAUCGUUUACGACUUCUCCUCCUUCUCACGCUUGCCAAAAGUAUACGCCAACCCGCAGCCGGCUACGUUGACAGCACAAAGCGCCAGC